CUAGUAGUAUUCUGUACUUGGCCAGUUUGGAUCUUUCUAAUUAAUGCAAUGUGGCUGUUUUCUUAAAAUAAUAAUAAUAAUAAAAAAAUAAAUAAAUAAAAAAAAAAAAAAAAAAUUGUAUUUUCUCAAUUUUCUUUUCUUUUCUUUUGUUUUCCUCCCAACCAAAAAGGCCGUAGACGUUUAUUUGCUGGUCGCUCGACCCCUCCCUCUCUCUCCUCCAUUGAAGCGGCAUCUGAGCUUUCCUUCCUCCAUUGAAGAAUCUUCUGAGUUGUUGAUGUAUUGCAGACUUUUAUUUAUGUAACCCUUUAAUGGGACUCUGGUGAACCUUAGCUGAGACAACCUUCCGAAGCUUAAAGUGAGAAGACGGAAAUGGCGCUAAGGCAGCUAGCAGCAGGGGGGAAGACGCUGCCAUCUCUGUUGAAAGUCUUGAGAAAGGAUAUCUCAAAAUCCCAUCGUGUCACUGUACCUUUGCCUUCACUCCGUCGCACUUUCUCUCUAUAUGAUCAGAUCAAUCUAAUUGAUAAUGUUCCUGAGGACCAACUUCGCUUUCAAGGGUUUGACGAAACUGGAUUCAAAGUAAAUGGGGUCAAGUAUGAAGGUAGCUUACUUUGUCUUGGGAAUUUGCUAAUGUCAUGGACCCCUAAGAACUUUGCAGAUAUUACCCCUGAAAGCUUGUCCAUCUUCCAGAUUCUUCGGCCUAUUCCAGAAAUUUUAAUUCUUGGAUGUGGAAGGCACAUUGAACCAGUUAAUUCUGAACUCCGGAGCUAUUUACGCUCUGCUGGCAUAAGAUUGGAAGCAGUUGACUCGCGAAAUGCUGCCUCUACAUACAACAUUUUGAACGAGGAAGGUAGAAUAGUUGCGGCGGCUCUCCUCCCAUAUGGAGCAUCAGCAUCUUCAUAAUAUUUGGUCAUCUGACCAAUAGCAAAACGUUUCAGCAAAUUCUUGCUCUGCUUUUGAUGCUGUGUUGACUAGCUGCGGAAGUUUGGUGCUGCGUAGUCCUUUAACUUGAGACAAUAUCAGUUUUGAGUAUAAUUGCUUCAGUUCUCUGAAAAAGGCAGCUUUCUCAGAACAUUUUUCAUGGUUGUAUCUUUAUGAUAUGUGGAAUGUACAUCAAUAAUUUGGUCUGUAGAGUAAUUGUAUCCAGACAUUGAAAGAUGGAGUUAAGUACAAACUAUGAAAUAAAGCUAAAUUACUUUUGCUGACAA